AUGGGAAGACCGCAGCUUGGAGAAGUCCAGGCCUUGGCCCGGCCGCAGGCCCAGCAGGUAGCGGGCCCCAAGCUCCGGCCUCUGUCAUUCAGGGGUUUAGGGAUCCGGAGAAAUUGGCUUCCCCGGUGCGUGGAGGGAAGUGUGGACCCGCCUUCGGUCCCCCAGCGCCUCUCCUCCCCCAGCAGAGCCCCGCCUCCGGGUUCACCCGCGGGAGGAAACCGUCUGACCCCCAGCGGCCUCGGGAAUGGGGGUCUCGGACGAGCCGCCCCAGAAGUGGAAGAAACGAGGAGGCAGGCGGCACGCGCGUGGACGGAGCCGGCUCGCCCCCCGCCCCCCUCCGCGUGGACGGAGCCGGCUCGCCCCCCCACCAUCCUCCGCGUGGACGGAGCCCGGCUCGCCCCCACCCCCCCUCCGCGUGGACGGAGCCGGCUCGCCCCCACCCCCCCUCCGCGUGGACGGAGCCCGGCUCCCCCCCGCCCCCCCUCCGCGUGGACGGAGCCCGGCUCGCCCCCACCCCCCCUCCGCGUGGACGGAGCCCGGCUCCCCCCCGCCCCCCCUCCGCGUGGACGGAGCCCGGCUCGCCCCCACCCCCCCUCCGCGUGGACGGAGCCCGGCUCGCCCCCCGCCCCCCUCCGCGUGGACGGAGCCGGCUCGCCCCCCCACCAUCCUCCGCGUGGACGGAGCCCGGCUCGCCCCCACCCCCCUCCGCGUGGACGGAGCCCGGCUCGCCCCCCGCCCCCCUCCGCGUGGACGGAGCCGGCUCGCCCCCCCACCAUCCUCCGCGUGGACGGAGCCCGGCUCGCCCCCACCCCUCCUCCGCGUGGACGGAGCCCGGCUCGCCCCCCGCCCCCCUCCGCGUGGACGGAGCCGGCUCGCCCCCCCACCAUCCUCCGCGUGGACGGAGCCGGCUCACCCCCACCACCCUCCGCGUGGACGGAGCCCGGCUCGCCCCCACCCCCCUCCGCGUGGACGGAGCCCGGCUCACCCCCAACCCCCUCCGCGUGGACGGAGCCCGGCUCCCCCCCACCCCCCUCCGCGUGGACGGAGCCGGCUCCCCCCACCCCCUCCGCGUGGACGGAGCCGGCUCACCCCCACCACCCUCCGCGUGGACGGAGCCCGGCUCGCCCCACCCCCCUCCGCGUGGACGGAGCCCGGCUCACCCCCAACCCCCUCCGCGUGGACGGAGCCCGGCUCCCCCCCCCCCUCCGCGUGGACGGAGCCGGCUCCCCCCCACCCCCUCCGCGUGGACGGAGCCGGCUCACCCCCACCACCCUCCGCGUGGACGGAGCCCGGCUCGCCCCCACCCCCCUCCGCGUGGACGGAGCCCGGCUCACCCCCAACCCCCUCCGCGUGGACGGAGCCCGGCUCCCCCCCCCCCCUCCGCGUGGACGGAGCCCGGCUCACCCGCCCCCCCCUCCCCGUGGCCCGAAGCGGGGCGGGGCUGCACCUGCUGCUGUCAGUGCAGGCGCCCUGGGCUCUGCCCUCUCUGGUCCCCCCACCCCGCCGCGGGGGGCGACAGCGGAGCGGCCGGCGGCCCUCGCGCCCACGCGGGCAGCUCUGCGUCCCCCACCGCCCAGCAAUCCAGUCCCAUUGUCCACAGCCUCGGGGCGAAGAGGGAAGUAA